AUGGCGACUACCAUUCCCGUCCUGGUGGGUGUUAUUUUGCUCGUCUCUGAACAUAAUAUGUUGGAGAAACGGGGCGGCUGGUGGGGUUUAUCACCACCGGAUUCGAGGGCGUCAGUUAUUUCUGCCCGAACUUUCGGGAUCUCGAAUCUGGUCCCUUAUACUGCACCAUUCUUGACUGUUGGCUCGAUUGCCUGUCUCAUGACUCGAGAAAGAGCGAAAAGAAUUGCGUCCUACAAAAACAAAGAGAUGGUGGAAGUCCACCAAGCCACUUUAUAG